AUGCGUGUCGAAAAGUUCCCCCUCUCACCACCGAGCCUAGAGGAAUUGGCCGAGCGACUGAAGGGUCCCCUGGCCGCCAACUACGAGCAUGCAUCAGUGACUGUGGUUGCUUGCCCCAAUCUACGAGAAGCGCCCUUUCAUCUGGCGACCGAGGGCCUGUCGGGCGACGAAAAGAUUGCAGACGUCGGCGGCCAGCCAAACCUCUUUCCCCGCCCUCGGCUUGACAGCAUCUGGUCCUUGCCGGAGAUUGGCAGAAGCAUGGAGAUGAGCCCCGAAAAGGGCAGCUUGAUCGGCGCCGGCGCCGGUCCCUUCCACAUCAUCGGACAGAACAGCGAGCUGGCGCCGAACCUCAGCUGGCGAGGCGGUCUUGACAAGGUGGACAACAAGAGUCAAGUCAUCCAGGUCAAGCGCACCACCGGGGAGGUCAGCGUCGGAACGAGUCCUUCUGUAGACUGCGGCCUGAUGGUUAAUCUGUACGGUUCCCUGGGCGAGCCGGGGCCGGUACUCAAGAUCACAGCAAAGGGCCGCAAGGGGUCUGAGAAGAGCUUCACCGAGUGCAUCCGGAAAGGAUUGAAUACUGCGUAUGGCGACGAACGGACCAUUAGUCUCGGCGGAGCCUUCGUCGUCAAGGCAGGCAAGGCAACAUACCACAUCAUGCCCGAUUUCCCUGCUGAGCGCAAUCUACCUUUUAAAGACAGAAAGGAGGUGGAAGACUGGUUGACCUUUCACGAUUUCGAUUCGCCCAUCGUGGGACUGUCUGUAUUGCAUUCUGCGGACCCGGGCAACAAGAUGGGGUUGCGGAUCGAGCAUACGCACGCCUUUUCUCCUCUAGGGAAGGAUGCGGGAGGUCACUACCAUUAUGAAGCCGAGGGAGAGGAAGAGGCUAUCGAGUAUGAAGGAUACUUCAAUACGGCAAAAGCGAUAUACAGGGUAGACAAACCGGCGGUUUAA